UUCUUUUGAUUUGGAAAGCCGAUGUAUAAACUGUAUAUCCUAGCUGUGUGGUGACUAUAGGCCUACUGCACCGUGAGAAUGUCGCAAUCUUGCUCUGCCUGUAGUCUACAAGGCGAAGACUUGAAAAGAUGUGCCGGCUGCAAGACGACAUUGUACUGCUCCAAAAUCUGUCAGCGAAACCACUGGCGGACGCACAAACCGGAGUGCAAAGAACUUCAGGAAAAGGCCAGUGAGAGACGCGAAACGACAAAACCCAAAGCACGUGGACAGUCUUCAGAGCUUCGCAGAGGAAAAGGGCGGGAUUGGAUAUUGACGGACAAUUUAACAGGAUCUAUCAAUCAUUAUGAUCAGUUCCCGUUUAAUAGUUUGCUUAUGGCACCACCGCCCGGGUCGUCCCAGUCUCCUAGCCCAAGCCAUCGAGAGUUAUCGCGCGUGGCAAGCAAGCUAGAGUCGUCUUUGCCUCACCCGAACUUCUUUCGCCCAGCAGAUGGAGGUCAAAAGUUCCGGUUUAUCACUGAUAUGAGUUUUAUUCCGCCUGAGUUGGUAGCUAGUACCUUACCUGACCUGCAGAAAACAGUCCUGAUAGCUAAAAUCGUGAGAAUGGAUGGCCAUUUGUUUCGUCACGGUAUACGUAUAAUGGAUGAAGUCAGUGAGCAUCGUCUCGUUGUCCUUUUCUACGUUAAAGAUGACAAUCCGUAUCCGUAUUUUAAGUGGGGUGAUGUGAGACCCGGAAAUUAUAUAUGUGUGCACGCUCCGGCCUUCCAUUCGUUCAUGGACGGACAGGUCGGAUUCCGGAUUGAUCGCGCAAACCAGGUGCGCAUUCUUAGUACAUCAGGUGAAGUGAUUUCUGUGUAGAUCCAUAUAUAUAUAUCGCCUCAUUACCUAUCGAAGUUAUUAAAAUGUUCCCCAUAUUACGCUCAUUUAAGUGAUGAUGCCAAAACGAAAGACUAUACAUAUUUAUACAUACAGGCCUAAAUAAUUUUUGUGCAUUUGUGUGUCUAGUGUUUUUUCUUAGGUCUUUGGGAUUUCGGCCUGUCAGUUCCUGACACACUUGAAACACUUAAAAGCGCAGAACAGUUACUUAACGUACUCCUUUCAGCGCGCGUGACGUUCCUUAAGCGAACGUAGCACAGAGCGGCGCAUGCGCGGUAAAGACUAUCGAUGUUCACGCCAAGUAGCCAUAAGUCAAUCAGACUGGCAGCUCUAAACUGCCAAGAAAUGGGUAUUCUUGUGAUUCACACGUUCAGCUUUAAAACAAUAAGUCAGGCUUAAACUAUAAUAUUCAUGAGUACGACGUGAAACACCAAUCAAGUACAUAAAUAAACACCGAAUA